UUUCUUUGAUUUCUUUGUAGGUUGCAAGUUGCUUCUAUGUAACCUCCACAAGCCUACUCGACAGGUUUUGUGUAAUUCUAUCACUCUUAUGUUGUUGCAGUGUUCCCACCCAAAUAUAAUGGGUCAGGUCACUGCCAAAUGGGUUGGGUAAAAACAAGGGCACAAAGAGGAUAGCCGGGUGGGGGUCUUGCUCUAGAAGUCUAUAUGAGCACGGCUAUAGGGUGAUUUUUUCAGCAAAACAUAUGUUAAUUUAAUUGAUUUACUGUGAAGAUUCAAAACCCUUGGCAUGCAGAAGGUGGAAGGCCACCAUGGUGAGGAUGGUGGUGGGUUUGGCUAGGUUUUUGACCCUUAGCCCGACAAAGGGAUUCUGUCAACAAUUACAUUGGAGGUUGAAACAGCUAGGCAAGGUGAUGCAGUAGCCAAACUGAAGUCUCUUUGGACGUGAAGAGAAUGAUGGCUCAAUAUAAAAAAGGUUAAUUUAUCGUGAGCAGUCUUUACACAAUGAGGUAAGGCCAUUGUAUGUUCCUGCGUAGUGUUAUUUGUUGUUAAACUCUAAGAAUGAUAUAUUGUAUUAAGAUUACAAGUUUAUCUCGCCGGAAAAAACCAAGUUCAUGGACUCCACUCCUCCGCCGCCGGAACCCAGAAACCGAACAAGAUCGUCUUCAAGGCGCUCCAAAAUUCGUCGAAUCGAUGUGGCUGCUGAAAUUUCCCCUUCAGUCCCAAACCGAGAACUCUUUCUCAUCUCCCCUUCCCCAAAUCGGAGAACGAAGUCACGUUUACCGGAGAAUCUUGAAACUGUUGACCACGUCGCCGAGCCCUCCGGCGCUCGCCGGAGACGCAGGACCCGAAAUGCCUCUUCAGUUCUUGCUUCCCCUAGGAAUACCAGGAGACAAAGAAAGCGAGUAGAUCAAGAAACGAUGAGAGACUUUAACGAAUCAGGGGUCGGAGAUGGAGAGGAGGGCGUUCGGCAUAGAAAGAAGAGAUUUCCCGGUAUGAUUGACCUAGAUAAGAAAAUGGAAAGGGAGAGGCCAGAGAAAAUGGAGAACACAUGCAGAUAAAGGACAUGGUUACUUCGGGUUCAUACUACUUCAUGUUCGGGUCAAUGUGGGUUCAAGUAGAGAACUAUAUGUUCAUCACCAUUAUCAUUCGGUUUGGGUCGACCCAACGGGUUAAAACUUUGAUUUUAAACAAAAUUUAAGUUCAUAUUAACACUUGCAUUUUUCUUUAAGUAAAAUUAAAAUAUCAAAAAAAUGUACUAUAUCUAU